AUGUACUUAGGACAAUUAGGGAAGUUUGAUGGAUAUGCAUUUGACGUUAAUGCCCAGCGAUCUCGUGGAAUUUCUACUUUCUCUCCAUUUAUAACAUGGGAGAAGGCUUGGUUGGGGGAAAUUAACGAAUAUGCCCAAGACGACGUGGUUAUUAUGCUAAUUGGAAACAAAGCGGACGUUUCGGCAGAAAGAGAAGUGAAAUACGAAGAUGGAGAGAGACUGGCCAAGGAGUACGGAGUGACUUUUAUGGAAACCAGUGCGAAAACGGGAAUGAACGUCGACCUGGCAUUUAUGGCCGUAGCUAGGUAA